UUUUGGUGGAGUAGGAGCAGCAGAUUGUACGUACUACGACGGGAGGGACAGAGAGACCGACCGACCAACAGACUUAGGGAUCCUUGGUGCAGACGAUAGGCUGCCACAGCCGACCAGCACUAUCGGACAGCAGUACCAGGGUGGCGUUGUGAGCAAGGUUGUGAUGGUUCUACGACGGCUCCACAAAAUAGAUACAUACACAGUCCGAACGGAGUUGCAGCAGUAAUCGCAUUAAUAUCAGUAGCCGCACUCGUUAUUAUCAACACCCGAUGCACGCUGUAGGGGAGCUGCGGAGCCAAGACGUAAAUGUGAAGUAUGAUUACAUCUGUUUCAAAAUUUAGCGAGUGUGUCUGUGUAUAUGUGAGGGAUUUGGUUGAGGCUGUCGCUUAGCUGAAUAGAAUCGAGUCAAUGCUCUAGCAGCGUUGGUUGACGGCGAUUGAGAAGCGGUAACCACGAUGAGAUAUUGUGGAGCAUCAACGUUCGACGCAUAAAACGCAAACCUAUUCUUGCAAACGAGAACUAGUGCUGUGAAUCGUCUUGUAUCCGUGCCUGUUAUACUCGAAGCGCCGGGCAACGAGCUGAAGUUGACCAGCCUACAAGCCAAACAAGAAGCCAAAGCUUUUUUCUAUUGCAUUCCUCCGAUUAGCCCCACUAACUACCACAGCGCCAUAGUCAAGCAGUGUCAUCCAUCACGGGGGUGCAGUAGCUGUUAAGAGAGCUCGGGUGCGUGUCCGGACAUAGCCCGGUUGGGUCGAAGAGCUGCUACAAUCAACUCUCAAGCAAGCCAGAACGAAGUUUGCGGUUACUGAGGAUAAAGGAGCUAGCGGCCGAUCGAGAGUGUGGUGUGUGUGAGGAGCGAUUUGUGUAUGUUGGUGCGAGGAAAAGUUCGCCUUGUGUUGCAUCGUAUGUGUGUUUUGGUAUAAGCACAGCGUGUCUGACCGUCCGUCUUUUCACUAUCAACGGCAGUACGUAGCACAAACCGAAGCGGGAUAAAACUUACUAGGUGAGAGUGCAUCCUUUGUUUAUAUUGCUCCUCUAAACAGCUGUACUUUUCCUGCUUAUUACGGGCGUGAGGCGCGGUUGCAGUUGGAUUUUGUGCGUGUGUGUACGUGCGUGUUUGCCGACAGCUUCGGCUAGAGGAGUUUCUAGAAAAGGACCACGAUAUGAGCGAGGCCGGAACGCCCUAGCGACGGCCCCCCGAACGUUGGGGCGGUCAGUCCCGGGCUAGGCAAACGUUUUGCAACGGUGGAGAAGAAAUUAUGGGCGCCCAACAGGGCAAGGACCUACGUCCAUCGGGGGGCAGUUCGUCGUCGUGCGGUAGUGCACCUCGUUCAUCAAAUCUCAAACGCAAAAAUAACAACAACAAUUCUUCCAGUGCGGGCCAAGGCGGAGGCAGCGGGAACGGCAGCACAGGACGGCUGGAGCAACGACUCAGCACGCAGCUCAAUUCCGCCAAUGUUUUCGCAGAACACAAUGACUUCUUCUGUGACCAACUGGGCGUUCAACAUCGGCCUCUGCCUUCCGUACCUCCGGUCGGAGGAAUACCCGACGAAUUGUGGGUGACGGCCAACUCCUCAUGGACAUCCAAGGAAAAUCUCCUCGAUGACAACGAUCCUACAAGUUCAGCCGACUCAGAUGUGUUUGUUGCAUUAUACGACUUCCAAGCUGGGGGGGACAACCAGCUCGCGCUUGCCAAAGGAGAUCAGAUCAAGGUUCUCUCUUACAACAAAACAAAUGAAUGGUGUGAGGCUCAAUCACGUACAGGACAGGUAGGCUGGGUCCCUGCCAACUAUAUUACUCCUGCAAACUCUCUGGAAAAACAUUCAUGGUACCAUGGUCCGAUCUCCCGGAACGCCGCUGAGUAUUUGCUGUCAUCAGGCAUUAAUGGCAGUUUUCUGGUUCGUGAAAGCGAGUCGAGUCCAGGGCAGAGGUCGAUCUCACUUCGAUGUGAAGGCCGCGUUUACCAUUACAGGAUUAACGUGUCAGACGAGGACGUAACUGGAAGCAGUUGUACCGGGGGAAGUAAUCGAGGAAAGGUGUAUGUCACAUCAGAGUGCCGUUUCAACACUCUCGCAGAGCUCGUUCAUCAUCAUUCGCUCGUGGCUGAUGGACUGAUUACGCAACUACUUUAUCCUGCUCCAAAAAGGAACAAACCAGCUGUGUUCGCGUUAUCUCCAGAGCCGGACGAAUGGGAAAUUGACCGAACUGAUAUUGUAAUGAAACACAAGCUCGGAGGUGGCCAGUACGGUGAUGUAUAUGAAGCUACGUGGAAGAGGCACAAUAUUACAGUAGCGGUUAAGACGCUCAAAGAAGACACUAUGGCAUUGAAUGACUUCAUGGAAGAGGCAACUCUCAUGAAAGAAAUGCGCCACCCAAACCUUGUUCAACUGAUGGGAGUUUGUACGCGAGAGCCUCCAUUUUUCAUCAUCACCGAAUUCAUGCCGCACGGCAACCUUCUAGAGUACCUACGGGGGUCAUCGCCGGAGAGUAUGGACGCCGUCGUUCUCAUGCAUAUGGCCACACAGGUAGCGUCCGCUAUGGCCUACCUUGAAAGCUGCAAUUUUAUUCACCGUGAUUUAGCGGCGCGAAAUUGUCUAGUGGGCGAAAACCAUUUAAUCAAGGUGGCUGACUUUGGCCUUGCUCGCCUGAUGCGGGACGACGACACAUACACAGCCCAUGCGGGCGCGAAAUUCCCUAUUAAGUGGACAGCGCCCGAAGGUCUGGCAUUCAACAAGUUCUCAACGAAGAGCGACGUAUGGGCGUUUGGUAUUCUACUUUGGGAAAUCGCGACAUACGGUAUGUCACCGUAUCCGGGAGUAGACCUCUCGGAAGUUUAUCGUAUGCUCGAGUCAGGUUAUCGUAUGGGUUGUCCUGCAGGAUGUCCGUCAAGUGUCUAUGAGCUAAUGCGCAAGUGUUGGUCAUGGAACGCAGCCGACCGACCAAGUUUUCGUGAGAUUCUCGAAAUGCUUGAGCAUAUGUUCCAACAUUCGUCAAUCCAAGAAGAAGUCGAGCGUCAGUUAGAGAACCAGCAAACCACUUCUACUAGUUUCGAAUUUGAAGAUUUGCCGCCACCGCCCGCAAACAUCGCCCCGAUGCCGCUCACGCCAAAGAAAGAGUCGCCCGUUGCCAAAAUGGGCAUCAUACUUCCAAGUGCUAACGCCCCAUCGAAGGGAGGCAGCGUACAGAUGCGUGGUAAAACGAACAAAGCAAAGCAAGCUCCGGCACCACCUAAACGGACGAGUUCAUUUCGUGACAGCUCGUGUGUGCCAGAUGAAGGAACGACGCCGUCAACGGAGAAUUUUGGCAGUCUGGAGAAGGUGUGCGAGAACGAUGAAGAGGAACCGGUGCGAUUACGGGUCCAGCAGCAGCAACAGCAGCAAAUGCAACAGCAACAUGCACAACAGCAAACGCUUGGCGGACUUAAAUUAAGCGCUGCGCCGAGGAGGGUCAACGAACAGCAGGUGCAGAUAGCGGCUUUGGAGGUUCAGAAUGUGAAGAAGGCCAUUAACCGUUAUGGUACCUUGCCGAAGAAUGCCCGCAUUGGCGCGUAUCUUGAAUCUUUACGCCAGCAUGGAUUGCACACGGGUGUGCCGAACGGCGCGGCACCGCCGCCGCCAACGAAAUCUGGUGACAUGGUUCAUUAUUCGGUGUCGCGGCAGGCCCCGCCGCCAGCAGCAGCAAAUAUUCACGAUGUCACGAAUAGCAGCAAUGUUUGUAACUUUGCGACUGAUGACAACAACCUGGCAACGCCGUUCUUCCUACGACAGAAGUCCGACCUGACCCACAACAAGGGCGGAGGCAUUACAGAGGAGCUGAAUCAAAAAUGGAAACGCGAUUCUCGGCCCGAAGAGCUCACGACGUCAGUGACAACAACGAUUAGUGGCGCCGGCGGCAGUAGCGGUAGUGGUGGUGUUGUGGGUGGUCUGAGCUCGUUUGGUUCGUCGUUCCUUAGAAGGUCGAUCAAGAAGUCGCCUUCCAAGGCAAGCGAGCUGCCCCGCAAAAGUGGAAGCGUGGACCACCUAGACUCGAUGCGCGAAGAGACUAGCGUCAGUGUAAGUUUUACGAGCACCAGCACCGGGAAAGGUGGAGAUGGCAACAGCAGCUCGAAGGAUAAGGAAAGCAAAAAGAAAGAAAAGAAAGACAAAAAAGAUCGAGAAAAGGAGGAAAGAAAACGUAAAGACAAAGAACAGGAUAACAGCAGUAAAACGGAACGAGAGCGGAAUAGAAGCGGACAUGUGGCCGCUAGCAAUCCCCAGGUUCAAAGGCAGAUGGAUGAAGCGGGAACCACAGUACCGCCCCUCUUUACGGAGCUUUUUGAGAGCAUUAAGGCAAAGGCUGCCAAAAAGUCCGCUGAAGGAGGCACAAAUGCGCUCGUGCAGCUUAAGGCGCUUAAUCAAGAGAAUAGCUCACCGAAACUGCACGUGCGCAAUGGGAAUGCGGCGGCUAGCAAUGGGACUGGAGCUGCCGGAAUCGGAUCUGGAAUCGAGCGUGAGGUUGAGCGGCGAACGUCAUCAGGAAAUUCAUCAGGUGAAGAGGAAAAACGACAAAGCGCGGGGAGUAUCUCGAGCCUCAAGAAGCUCUGGGAGGGAACAACAAGCAACAACCAAGUCAAUGUUAACGCCAAUAGUCCCAAUGUGAUGAACCCUAACAACAGUCUCCACGCGAGUCCCAACUCAACUAGUGUAGCCGCUAGUUCCCCUCUCAGUAGUCAAAUCAGUCCGGGAAGUAACCAAAAAGGCACAGGGCAACAGCUCGGAGGUGGGCGGCCUGAAACCCUAAAGACAGGCAAGCCUCCGACAGACGUCAAAGGUAAAGGCCGCACUCCGGAAGGGGCGCCUGCACUAAGUACUCAGAGCCAGGGGACGGAAAAGCCCGUCAUCCCAACCAAGCCCUCCCUCAUCAAGAGCAAGUCCAUGGUUCUAGGAAUCGGCUCUGUGGGCGGUGGUAAAAAACUCGCGCCUAAGCCACCCCUUCCGGCUAGUAAGCCUGCUCCCCUUGUGGCCGGCGAUCGAGAAAGCGUGGCUAACACCAAGUCCUCGAUUAUCGAGACAUCUGCAGCCAUCACCCAGACUGUGGGCACGCUCAAAAGCUCCACCACCCUCACCUCUUCUCACAUUAUACAGCUUUCCGAUAAGGUGCAACUCUUGCACACGACCUGCUCAGCAUACUCGGAGACCAUUCCACCUGCUGGACGCUUCAAGUUCCGUGAACUCAUGAGCCGAUUGGAAACUCAAGGAAACUCCCUGCGCGGAACAACUAAUAAUAACGUUAGUCAAACAGCAAAAACCCUCGACGAACUGCAUAACACAGUCCGAGACCUUGUCAACCUCGUACAGCGAUGAGUUGAGGUUUGACAUGUGAUCUCGCCUUGGGGCCAUAA